ACCGGUGCCAACGUGCGCGGACGCCGCCGCCGCUGGAGUCCGCCGGGCAGAGCCGGCCGCGGAGCCCGGAGCAGGCGGAGGGACGUGCCCAGGACCCGAUCGGCCAGCGGCGCUGCAGAGAGCGGCGGGACGACGAGCAACGCGACGAGGAGGAGGGGAGAGCGGUUUGUCCACGCGCCCUGCGCCGCCGCCGGCCCGGGAAGGCAGCGAGGAACCGGCGCCCCCCGCGCCCCGCGCUCGCCCUGGAGUCAUUUCGGAUGCCCCGCCGCGGUCGCCUUCCCCAAUAGACCCGAGAGAGGAGUUGCGGCCAACUCGUGGCUCUCUUUUCCGCCCCGGUGGGAGCCGGCGCUGCGCGAAAGGCUCUCCUCUCCUCGCGGCUCAUGCUGCCGGCCCUGCGCCUGCCCAGCCUCGGGUGAGCCGCCUCCGGAGAGACGGGGGAGCGCGGCGGCGCCGCGGCUCGGCGUGCUCUCCUCCGGGGACGCGGGACGAAGCAGCAGCCCCGGGCGCGCGCCGGAGGCAUGGAGCGCUGCCCCAGCCUGGGGGUCACCCUCUACGCCCUGGUGGUGGUCCUGGGGCUGCGGGCGGCACCGGCCGGCGGCCAGCACUAUCUCCACAUCCGCCCGGCUCCCAGCGACAACCUGCCCCUUGUAGACCUCAUCGAACACCCGGACCCUAUCUUUGACCCCAAGGAGAAGGAUCUGAACGAGACGCUGCUGCGCUCCCUGCUCGGGGGCCACUACGAUCCAGGCUUCAUGGCCACCUCGCCCCCCGAGGACCGGCCCGGUGGGGGCGGGGGAGCGGCUGGGGGCGCCGAGGACCUGGCGGAGCUGGACCAGCUGCUGCGGCAGCGGCCGUCGGGGGCCAUGCCUAGCGAGAUCAAAGGGCUGGAGUUCUCCGAGGGCUUGGCCCAGGGCAAGAAGCAACGCCUGAGCAAGAAGCUGCGGAGGAAGUUACAGAUGUGGCUGUGGUCGCAGACCUUCUGCCCAGUGCUGUACGCGUGGAACGACCUGGGCAGCCGCUUUUGGCCGCGCUACGUGAAGGUGGGCAGCUGCUUCAGUAAGCGCUCGUGCUCUGUGCCCGAGGGCAUGGUGUGCAAGCCGUCCAAGUCUGUGCACCUCACCGUGCUGCGGUGGCGCUGUCAGCGGCGCGGGGGCCAGCGCUGCGGCUGGAUUCCCAUCCAGUACCCCAUCAUUUCCGAGUGCAAGUGCUCGUGCUAGAACUCGGGGGCCCCCUACCCGCGCCCGGACACUUAAUCGAUCCCCACCGACGCCCCCCGCACCGCCUCCAACCAGUUUUCAAUGAACUUUUUUUUUUUUUUUUUUUUUUUUGGCUACAGAGACCUAGCUUUCUGGUUCAUGUAAUGCACUGUUUAACUGUGUAGGAAUGUAUAUGUGUGUGUAUAUACGGUCCCAGUUUUAAUUUACUUAUUAAAAGGUCAGUAUUAUACGUUAAAA